CAAGAACAAAGAAGAAUGGAUGGAGAAAAUUGCUCCUCCUUGACUGAAUUCCACCUCUUGGGAUUUACUAAUAAUCCUGAGACCAAAGCAACCAUAUUCACCAUGUUUCUGGUUGUAUAUCUCAUUAUUCUUGUAGCAAAUCUUGGAAUGAUCAUUUUAAUUAGAAUGGACUCUCAGCUUCAAACACCAAUGUACUUUUUCCUCAGCCACCUCUCCUUCUGUGACCUCUGCUAUUCCACAGCAAUUGGGCCCAAGAUGCUGGUGGACCUCUUAGCCAAAGACAAAUCCAUUUCCUUCUAUGGCUGUGCUCUGCAGUUCUUCAUCUUCUGUAUCUUUGCAGAUUCUGAGUGUCUCCUGCUGGCAGUGAUGGCCUUUGAUUGCUACAAGGCCAUUAGUAACCCCUUGCUCUAUACAGUCAAUAUGUCUAGCAGGGUGUGUUUCUUGCUCAUGGCUGGGGUUUACCUGGUGGGCAUGGUGGAUGCUUUGAUACAUACAACUUUAGCUUUUCACUUAUGUUUCUGUGGGUCAAAUGAGAUUAAUCAUUUCUUCUGUGAUUUACCUCCAUUUUUCCUCCUUUCCUGUUCUGAUAUUCAGGUCAAUGAGCUGGCAUUAUUCACUGUUUUUGGCUUCAUUGAACUGAGUACCAUUUCAGGAGUGCUUGUCUCCUACUGUUAUAUUAUCUGCUCAGUGUUAAAGAUCCACUCUACUGAGAGAAAGUUCAAAGCUUUCUCUACCUGCAUGUCUCACUUAACUGCUGUAGCAAUUUUCCAAGGAACCAUACUCUUUAUAUAUUUCCGACCAAGUUCUGCCUACUCUCCAGAUCAAGACAAAAUGGUCUCAUUGUUUUACACCUUUGUAAUUCCUAUGUUAAACCCACUGAUAUACAGCCUAAGAAAUAACGAUGUGGAAAGGGCUAUGGAAAAACUUAAAAAUAAAAGAUGUUUUAAAUCUUACAAGAAAUAUACACACAGUUGUUUUUGUAAAAUCAUAUGGUAA